CCCGCUCCGGGUCAAUCGCUGAAUCAGUCCGACGCCUAGGUUGCACCCUGCGUCCUGGAACCUGGCGGGAGGACAAGCUCGGCCAAGCCGAUACAGCCACCAGAGGGACUGGAAACAGCGGCGGGGGCCGGGCGGGACUCUUUUUCGAAGGCCGCAGAGGCCGCGAGAGAUCCCUCCGCGGAGAGUCACGUGCCCCGCCCCCUUAGGGGCGUCGAAAACGCAAAACAAAAACGGGGGUUGCGCUCCGGCCUCCGCUGGGCGCUGAGGCGGCGGCCGGGCUGUGAGGGGCAGGCCUCGGGGGUCAGCGCGCGCCCCUGUGGACGGCUGGCACGGGGGGCGGGAUGGCGCCGGGGCUGUGAGGCCGCAGUGGCGGUGGCGGCGGGGAGGAGGAAGAAGGGUCGGAUGCGAGUCCGCGGGCCGCGCUGAGGCGGCGGGUCCCCGACCUCGGAAGCCCCCGCCGCGCCCAGGCCCCGCGGGCCGGUGGCGGCGCGUCUCCGGCACGAUGAAGGAUCUGGGGGCAGAGCGCUUGGCAGAGCGUGAAGGGGUCCAGCUCCUGGGAUUGCUGACCCUCUACCUGGAGCAAGAACAGAGAUUCCAACCUCGAGAGAAAGGGUUGAGCUUGAUCGAGGCUACCCCGGAGAAUGACAACAGUUUAUGUCCAAGAUUGAGAAAUGCCAAAGUAGAAGAUUUAAGGAGUUUAACUAACUUUUUUGGAUCUUGCACUGAAACUUUUGUCUUGGCUGUCAAUAUUUUGGACAGAUUCUUGGCUCUUAUGAAGGUGAAACCUAAACAUUUGUCUUGCAUUGGUGUCUGUUGUUUUUUGCUGGCCGCUAGAAUAGUUGAAGAAGAAUGCAAUAUUCCAUCCACUCAUGAUGUAAUCCGGAUUAGUCAGUGUAAAUGUACUGCGUCUGACAUAAAACGGAUGGAAAAAAUAAUUUCAGAAAAAUUGCACUAUGAAUUGGAAGCUACUACUGCCUUAAACUUUUUGCACUUAUACCAUACUAUUGUACUUUGUCAUACUUCAGAAAGGAAAGAAAUACUGAACCUUGAUAAACUAGAAGCUCAGCUGAAAGCUUGCAACUGCCGACUUGUCUUUUCAAAAGCAAAACCAUCUGUAUUAGCUUUGUGCCUUCUCAAUUUGGAAGUAGAAACUUUGAAAUCCGUUGAAUUAUUGGAAAUUCUCUUGCUAGUUAAAAAACAGUCCAAGAUUAAUGACACCGAGUUCUUUUACUGGAGGGAGUUAGUUUCUGAAUGUCUCGCCGAAUACUCUUCUCCUGAGUGUUGCAAGCCAGAUCUCAAGAAGCUGGUUUGGAUUGUGUCAAGGCGCACAGCCCAGAACCUGCACAACAGCUACUACAGUGUCCCUGAGCUGCCAACCAUCCCUGAGGGGGGGUGUUUUGAUGAAAGUGAGAGUGAAGACUCUUGUGAAGAUAUGAGCUGUGGGGAGGAGAGUCUCAGCAGCUCUCCUCCUCGUGAUCGAGAGUGUACCUUCUUUUUCAACUUCAAAGUGGCACAGACACUGUGCUUUCCAUCUUAGAAAUCUGAUUGUUCUAUGUUAGAAUUUCAGUGUACAGGUUUCAAAGCAAUAAAUGGGGGAGUAGGUAGUUUUGUGGUUCAGCCCCCAUCGAGGCAGGAAUUACAUAGACAGGGAUACCUGCCUUCUAUUUAUUAUUCAGAUCAGAUCUGGCCUAUUUUCAUAUUUAUCCUAAGCCAUCAAAUGGGUUAGUGCCUCUUAAAUAAUUAACAGUAAUUUAGACAUUGGCACUUUAUUUUUCUUGUGGAUCUUUAGGUACUUGGGGUAGGAGGGAAGGUGCUUAUACCUUCAGUUUAUUACUUUUCAUAAAAAAUUUUUAAAGAUAAAUAGUGUAGCUUAUCUUGAACAUUUUAUAAAGUCUUCAGGUGUCUUUAUUUAAGCAGAUUGGAAGUGUGCAAGUGCUUCCUUAUUAGCAGGGCCAAUGGAUAAUCCUUCAAUGGUUUAUCUCAGAUUUCCCUCUCCUUCCUUUCUCAGAACAGAGAAUAUACUCUUAAAUGGCAAACACCAUUUUUCGUUUUGUUUUUUUAAAUGAUCAGUGUCUGUCUGAUGCAGUUCCUAUAAAUUUAGCAAUUAUAUUGACAUUUCUGUGAAUUUUGGUAUGUAACAUCUUAAUUGAAGUUUCUGCUAAAGCAGAAAUCAUCGACAGGCUAAGGCUGUUAGUUGCAUUCCUAAUGCCUAAGUAUUGUCAGACUAUAGCAUUAUUUUAAUGUUAUUUAAAAAAUUCAUAAUCUGCUAGUUUUGCAUGUGUCUGUAUGAAAGCCGUGCAGGAAGUUGAACACAACUAGGUAACUAUGGAAUUGGUAAGUGUUGAUCUAGAAGUGCAUUUUAUCUUAUUUUCUUAUAUUGAAAGAUGUCUGCAUGAUUGCAUUUUAUUUCUUCUGUAAUUCACAUUUCAAAAAUAAUGUAUUAGUAUAUGGGUGCCAAGAUUGAAUAUGAAGUGAAAAGAACCCAACCAAGUAUUUGCAGUAUUAUAGUUUUAAGCAAAUCUGUGUGGUGAUACAGCCAUAGAAUGGGGAUAUGUAAACUCUGUACACAUCAGGUUUUGUACAGAGAAUUUUUAAUUUUAUAAACUGUAUAUGAAAAUGUAAAUCUUUAAAAAUGUACAUAAAAAUACUGUAUUUUUUUACCUUGUGUGUGUGAUAGUCUAGUCAUUGCAUGUAAAUAUAAUUUAUUGUGUAUUCUGAAUUAUAAAUCACACAUUGAUGACUUUUUUACUGGUAAGUCAGCAUCCAUUGGAUGUUUUCAGAAGUGGCUCUUUUUGAAGUAAUAAUUACAUUAUAAUUCAAAAUAAAAUUUUAAUGAAUUCUCCUU